ACUCACUCACUCUCUCCUCCCCUUUUCUCUUAAGUGUUCAUUCAGAGCUCAGCUACUCUUUACACCUCUCUGUCCUUUGUCUCUGUUCUGUCUUUGUCUCUCCGUCCGUUCAUUCGUCCAUCCAUGUGAACGAUGUCCAGGUUCAGGUUUCUGACUGUUCAUCUGCUUGGGGGCUCUCUGCUGCUGCUGCUGAGUUCUGUUUGUGAGGCUCAGUAUUACGACGACGUCACGCCAGCUCCAGAUUACGACUCCAGCAGCAACUUCACCUUUGAGUACAGCUUCUACAGUAACACCAGCGUUGAUGACCUGGACAAGUUCUUUGUGUCUGUGGAUGAACAAGAAGAAGAGGAGGAGGAAGUGACUGCAACUGUUGCCAUGACAACAUCCAAAGAAACGACGGAGGGUAUCAGUGUCAGACUUCCUGGUGCUUCGUCUCUUCCUGUUACUCUGGAAUUUAGGACGCUGAUCUGGAGUCUAAUGAUCCUGAUGAUGGUUCUGAGGUUACAGCAGCUGUGACACACACAUUCAGCUUGUUGGUGGGUCUGUUGAUCACUCGACCUGAGGUGGACCUCAGUAGAGACUGAACAACUCCACCACCACCACCACCUCAUUCCCAGUCAAGACCAGUUUGUGGCCCUCGGCGUGGGAUCAGGUGGACUUAUGCCAACCAUAGACCAAAAAAAGACUGAACUGUUUUACGCAUUGAAGCUUUUUUAAAUGGAAAUAUAUCUGAGAUUUAAUAGCACAAGAAAGUAAGGACGAGGGUCCUUCUAUGACAUUUUAUAUUGAAAAGAAAAAUGGCAGCAUUAACUUGUCUGGUAGAAACAAUGAGGUUGUGCUAACUAACAUAAUCAUCACACUAUAAAUAUGCGAACACAGAAAUCUGCAAUAGGGUUCUCAAACCACUCUUAGUCUUUUGAAAUAAAAAGAAAUUUCAGACAAAUGUGAGUAUUCAUGCAUCCUCCAUGUUAAACAGACAAAACACUUUAAAUGAGAUGUUCAUCAAAAGACCUACAGAUCCUUAUUGUUCCCAAACACAAAACAAUCAAAAACAAAAGGCGUUAAUGAUCAUGACAAAGUACAGCAUAAGAAAAAAGUUAUUUUUUAAACAAAAUCAUCUCUCCUGAUCCAAAAAGCCUAUUGAGUUGGAUAUGAUCAAUCAAUCAAUCAAAGCUUUAUUUAUAAAGCGCCUUCCGCAACCCUGUCAGGAAGCCCAAGGCGCUGAUAUGAUACAAAAGGGACACAAUUACAUCCAAUUUUAUAUUUUUAUAACUAAAUCUGUAUUUAGUCGAACGAUUGCAGAAGUUGUGCAGGACUGAAUUUUUCAUGGUCAUCAUAAUCUUUGACUAAAUGAACAUAAACACGAAAAUCUUUCUCAUCCUUAUAAAUGUUUGAUGCUACUGGUCUCAUUAAAAAUAUUUGCAUUAAAAUAAAAAGGAUGUGAUAAUUAUAAUAACAAUAAAGAAGAAUCAUGAUUUUACAGCAUGUAAAAUAAAGACCUUUAGCAGUGAGGGAGAGACUAAAUAUCUGUUUUCUUCAGAUAGUUUUAUAUGGAUUUGUUGUGAUAAACAAAACAAAAACAGCUAAAGGGCGACAAAAGUUUAGCUCUCUUUUAAACGUCUUCCAACUCCACUAAAGCAGCAUGUGUGAUCUUACUUUAUUUAAAACACCCAUAAAUACACGUUUCUUAAAUUUCAUACACAUUUUUCCUAGUUUAACCUGUCCUGAAAACAUAUGUUUGAAAAAUGUUAUGUGUGCACAGUAUUGUGGUAAAGUAUUCCUUUAGAAAUCCUUAAUUUUUAUUUUAUUUUUUUUCUUUUUGGCCAAGGAUACUGAAUGCACCUUUUUUGCUUUGAGAUGCGAAUUUGGUUUCCCUUUGGAAAAUUUUUAUAUAAUUUCAUGGAAACUGACAAAAAAUAGGAAAGUAUCUGUUUCGGUCAAAGCUGGAGUUUUUCUCUAAUGGGAUUUCUGGUGGGUUAACUGUGCUCUCUGGUGAGAAAUUAGGACUUUACAGUGAAAAGUGUUCCUUUGAAACAAAAAUCAUUUAGAAUCUAAAAUUUCUUUUUCUGCCUGUAUUGUUCUUUAUAUAAUCAACUUCACUCCAACAUGAAGAUUUUCCGUUUUUAUCUGGAGUUUUACCUUGAAUCAAACUUUGCCAAAACAAUUUUAUUAAAUUUUUUGUUACAUUUGAUGUGAAGACAGAGUAAAAUUUUUCAAUUGCUUUACAGGACAGAAAUAUGGUUAUUUAUUCCCUUUAUGUUAGAUUGUUGGAAUGUUUGGUUCAACGCCCUGUCUCGUCAAAAUAAAAGCAUCAGAGAUUGUGCUGCCUUUAUCCUUAAAUUGUGUUUCAGAUUAGAUUGAGUUUACUUUUGUACAGACUGUUAAAAAAGUUCAUCCUAAUCAUCUGGGUGAGGGAAAAUAAAAUCCAAAACACCAAAGCAAAAAGCAGAGAUGUGUUUAUUUUGUUUAAUGAAGUUUUAAGUUAUUUAAAGCUCACAGGGAAUUUUUUAAACAACUGAGAACAGAUGUGUAUGUGCUUUAUUGUUUAUGUUUGUGUUUUGCAAUAAAAUGCAAGAAC